AAGCAUUUCGGCUUAGACUUCGCCUGAACAGCUGCAAAGUAAGCUUUUUGUGUUUGGGCAGCUCGACCCAUGACGCGCCUUCUGACCGCGGUCCUGUGCUGCGCCUUUGCACCGGCGGUGGCUCUCACUCAGGUGGAUGGCAGUGGGACAACGAACCCCUCCAAGUUCUUCUGGAAGAUCAUGCAGACGAUCGAGGCCCGAACCCGGAAGGACGUCCGACUCACUUACCGUGCCGUCGGCAGCAGCACUGGGCAGAGGGAGUUUACCCAGACAAGCAGCACCAGCGCCUUCACCAGCGGGCUGACGGACUUUGGCUCCGGGGACAUCCCGAUGACCAACUCUCGCUGGAGCAGCAUGUCGACGGCAGGCCGUGAGAUGGUCCAUGUGCCUUUCUGCCUGGGCGCCAUUGGUGUCUUCCACUCGGUCCCUGCUGCCGAGGUCGGUCCAUCCGGCCUGAAGCUGGCGCCCUGCACCUUGGCGAAGAUCUUCGACGGCGUCAUCACCACCUGGGACCACGCGGAGAUUAAGGCUGACAACCCGAACUUGAACGUCCCAGCGGGCACCCUGAUCCAGGUGGGUCACCGUACCUUGGGAUCCAGCAGCACCGGUGGCACGACAGGAUACUUGAACGCCAAGUGCCCUGCCAGCUGGACACGCGGUGCUGGCAGCAGCAUCACUUGGCCCAGCUCCGCCGGCUUCACUGCAGUGCAGGGCUCUGGCGGCAUGGCGGACCACAUCGCAACCCAAUCCUAUGCCAUCGGCUACUUGGAUGCAGGACAUGGUCAUCAGCGUGACUUCCAGGAAGUGAACCUUCAGAACGAGGCUGGCACCUGGCUCACCUCCAAGGAUGCCAUCAACGCCAUUGACGCCAACAACAACAACGGCGUGGCCGCCGCAGGCAAAGCGGCAGUGGAUGCCGGUGACAUUCCCUCCAGUGCGACCGCUGACUGGAGCAGCGUCAACCUCUACCGAAAGGCUGGAACAAACACUUGGCCUAUCGUCUUGGUGUCCUACAUCUACCUCAACAAGGACAUGUCCACCAUGCCACCGGAGAAAGUGGCCCUCCUGAAGGUCUUUGUGGACUUUGUCUUGGGAGAAGGGCAGGGGAUGCUCCCGGAUUUCUCCUUCAACUCGGUGCCCGCCGCCAUGAACCAGUGGGCCAGCGUCUGGGCGUCCAUCACCAAGCCAGCAGGCUUGCAGGAGAUGACCUUGAAGACCAGCACCGAUCCGUGGAAUGGACAAGCAAUGGAUGUGGUGACCAGCAAGAGGAACUCCUACUCGCUCUGGAAGCUGGAUGAUUUGGAAACGGCCAUGAGCGCCAUGAAGGCGCGCCUUGACGCGAUGGAGACCCAUUUGGAUGGCUACGGCAUCGUCCCUCUCCAUGGCUCCGGCACCACCAACACCAAGAAUUGGUUUGCUAAAGCCAUGAAGGUCAUGGAGGAGCGUGCUCGGGUGCCAUUGUUCCUCACCUACCGUGCUGUUGGCAGCGGCACAGGGCAGAAGGAGUUUGUGGGAAACGCAGCCAACAUGUACAAGAGCUACAGCCACUUUGGCGCGGGCGACAUCCCCAUGUCCUCCACCCACUAUACCACCUUGAUGGGCCAGUCGCCACCUGAGAGCAUGGUGCACCUUCCUCUGGCCUUGGGCGCCAUUGCUGUCUUCCACUCUGUGCCAUCUGGUGAGGUAGGAGGUGCAUUGGCGCUGGAUGCCUGCUUGUUGGCCAAGAUCUUUGAUGGUCAGAUCACCACCUGGGAUGAUGCUGAAAUCAAAGCGCAGAACCCCAACAUGCAGGUGCCUGCGGGACAAAAGAUCACUGUCUAUCGCCGUAACCUGGGCUCCAGCAGCACGGGCGGCUUGACGGGCUACCUGAACAAGAAGUGCGCCACCCAUUGGACCCGCGGCGCCGGAUCCUCGAUCACCUGGCCCGACAGCACAUCCUUCGUGGCCGUCGAGGGAUCCCCUGGGAUGCAGAGCGCCCUGAAGGACAACAGCUAUGGCAUUGGCUACUUGGAUGCUGGCCACGGCCACGACUUCGGCCUCUCUGAGGUGGCGCUCAAGAACGCGGACGGCACCAUCCAGACCUCCAAGGAGUCCAUCGCCGCGGGUGGCGUGGCCGCCGCCGGCACCGCCGCGGCCAGUGCGGGCAACGUCUUUCCGGCGGACCCCUCGGGCGACUGGUCCAGCGUGAACCUCUAUGACAUGACGGGCCCAAACACCUGGCCUAUUGUCCUGGUGAGCUACCUCUACGUGAAGAAGGACCAAUCCCAGACCAACGUGAAGACUGCAGCUGCCUUGAAGGCCUUCAUUGACAUGGUUGUGAGCGACACCGAUGGGAUGGCCGCGGAGUUCGGCUUCACCCCGCCCAGCACCAGCCUGCGAGCUUUGUCCCAGAGCGCCGCCUCGACCAUUGUCUACCCGGUGGGCAUGCAGAGCUUCACAGUGGAGACCAGCACGGACCCCUAUGGUGGUAUGGCGACCAACGUGAUCAGCAAGAAGCGUCACUCGUACGACAUCUAUGACAGCGAGGUGAUGCAGGGUGCCAUUGACAAGCUCCGAAUGGAGAUGAUGGCGGAGGAUGAGGAGGACAAAGAGGAUCACGACCACGACCACGACCAGGACCACGAUGAAGAAAGCUCCGAAAGCUACAACUACAACGACACGCUCCCAGUGGCCUUGUCCAUCACUGCAGUGGUGAUCUCCAUCCUCUCCACCUGCUUGGGCUGCGUUGCCUUCAGCAAAGCCCGCGCCCCGAUGGCCGCUGCGAACCGUGCCUAAGUCGAGAUGAUUGGAGCCAGUCGCACCCGGGGGGCACCAGGGAACGGGUUUUGAACCAGAACCAUUUAUUUAGUUGCUAACACUUGCACAUUGAUUUGCCCACUUGGGUCAUGUAUCAGAUACUUCACUUCGCAUGCACAGAAGUGCGCAUGGAAGCACUAGUGAUAUUGCAUAGCAGAUGCAUAUGUAGAUAUGAUAUUUGUAAUUUGUUUUGCUUAGGCCUGUCAUUUCCUAUGCAUUGUAAAGCAUGUUUGAUAAGGCAAUUUUGAUAUCCCUUUGAUGAGCAUGGCAUGGGAUUUACAUUGUGGCAACAGUCCUCUUUCAGCAAUGCGGGUUUUCGUAUUUUUCUUUGACUGGCAAAUUCUUUCUCAUUUUCUUUGAGGGGACAGGUACUCGCAGGUGCUUUUUGGAAUAUCAGAGGUACUCGCAGGACUCGCAGGUGUCCAUCAGUCAAAAAUUGACAUUGGCGUCCCAACCCAGUGACUGAUAUUUUUCCUUUUCCCCGUUGAAGGGGACAUGAGGUGUUUCCCUCCUUGCGAUGGACAGUUUAAAGCUUGUGCCGUGUCUUCCUACUCAGUGGAACGCUGAUGGGAACACAGUGCAGCGCUAAGAAUUCGUCUUUCAUGAGAGGGGCGCCAUUUUUGAGUUUUGGUCUAGUAUAGCGCCGCUCACACAUGGCAAACGCUAUGAUGUGUACGCAAAAUAUUUCCUUCGGAUCUGGUAAAACAUCGGCGAUGUCAAGAUGCAGAAG